GGUUCCUGCUCAGUGCUGCUGCUGCUGCUUUGAGUGUGCGCGUAAGCCCGAGCCGGGACAUCCAGCAGCAGACUCCCUUUCUUUUUCCUCUCCACUCAGGCUUAUUGAAGAGCUCAGACAGGGAAACAAGUGAGUCCGACUCCUGGACGGACUCUGAAGAUGCUUCUCCAGACCUCAGAGUCUCAAACGAGGCUGCUCCAAAACCCCACGACACGCGCGCAGGAGUUCAGCUCGGACUAAGCCAUGUUGACGCCUCUCGGAGUUGUGCGUAAAAGCGACUGUGCACCGGACAGGAAGUGAACUGAUCAUUAUUAAACGCCGUCCCUCAUUUCCAUAUCUCUCUGCGAGUUGGAUGGACCGCAGCCAAUCACCCAUCGAAGGGCAGCUCGAGUCGUAAAAGCAUUAUCCGUCCUCCAUCAUAAUUACACUGACAUGCGCAAUCUGCGGGCGGGCUUCAGCACCGACCGACGAGCGCUUAUUUCACAGACCCCGCUCCCUCCGGAGGGUCCCAUUCGCCUCUCGUAGAUGAUCCGGCGGAAGGCAGCGCAGAGCGGCUCACACACAUCGACAUGUCCCGGCGCAAGCAAGCCAAACCGCAGCACCUCAAGGCGGACGGAGAGGCGGCGCGGAGCGGACUCCUCUCCAGAAAUGACAUUGUGGAGGACGUGGAGAGAGAGGAGGCCAGCGGAGGCUGCCACAGCAGCGAGGAGAUGCACAUCUGUGACAAAUGCUGCGCUCAGUUUUUCUCUUGGACCGAACUGAGUGAGCAUCUGAAGGAGUGCACCGAGGAUCCCCUGGUGCUGAUAGUGAAGGACAGCGAGGGGACGCCCGCUCCUGAGGACUCCCCCGUCGGGCCCUCUCCGGUUCCCAGCGUCGCGUCCAGCGACUCGUAUGCGGCCGAGUCCACGGACGCCGGCUUUGAGCUGGGAGAGGCGCUGGUGAAUGACAAUGACAGUUUGGAUAACUUAGAGGAAGGGAGGGAGCAGGAUGACGCCAUGGAGCUCGAGCACUGCCCGCAGGACGCGGGAUACGCCGCCUCUUCCAGCCCUCCGCCUCCAGAGUCGGCUGAGUCCACCUCCCCGCAGAUGUCGGCAGCUGGCAGCUACAGCAUGCCGAGCACAAACGUGACACUGGAGAUCCUCCACAGCACCAGGGUCGCCGUGGCCCAGUUCUCCCAGGGGAUCGGCGGCAGCGGCCCGGGAGGGAAGGUGGCUUCGGCGGCCAUCCCGGUGAUCCUGGAGCACCUGCUGGCGCUGCAGCAACAACAGGUCCACCAGCUGCAGCUUAUCGAGCAGAUCUGCAGCCAGGUCGCCGUCAUGAACAGACAGCCGACACAGGCGGCGUUAAACCCGGCCUCCAGGUCCCUGCCUCUGGCGCCGAACCCUUUCCCCUCUCAAGGCAUCGUCCCUCCUCCCAUCCUGCCGCUGUCAGGAACGAUGCCUUCAACCAUAAACGGACAGGCCGCCGUUUCUUUGUCUUCUGUGCUUGAGAAGUCACAAAGUCUCCCCUCGCAAACUAUAUGCGGACAGUCCACAUUCAGAGACGCUACAUGUACCUCAACCCCCUCAGAAAAUCCAACCCCGUCUCUCUCCAGCAGCAGCAGCAGCGUCUCCACUCUGUUGCCUGCGUACACAGGCCAACACACCAGCAGCAUCAGCAGCACUCAGACGCUGAGCUCCUCCAGCCCGCUCUCCCUGGCCCAGAGCAGCCUCCUCGGCUCGUCCUCCAGCCUGCCGUUUCUACCUCAGAGCCCCCCCAGCAGUGUCAUUUUCCCCAAUCCCUUGGCCAGCAUUGCCGCCACAGCUAAUGCACUUGACCCUCUCGCGGCCUUGAUGAAGCACAGGAAAGGGAAACUGCCCAACGUGUCCUUGUUCGAAACCAAGCCCAGCCCGGAGGAGCCCUUCUUCAAGCAUAAAUGCAGGUUCUGUGCCAAAGUGUUUGGCAGCGACAGCGCUCUGCAGAUCCACCUGCGCUCCCAUACAGGAGAGCGGCCCUUCAAAUGCAACAUCUGCGGCAACCGCUUUUCCACAAAGGGGAACUUAAAGGUGCACUUUCAGAGGCAUAAAGAAAAGUAUCCUCAUGUUCAGAUGAACCCUUUUCCGGUGCCAGAAUAUCUAGACAAUGUGCCAACAAGUUCCGGGAUUCCCUAUGGGAUGUCUAUCCCUCCAGAAAAACCCGUCUCCUCAUGGCUGGAUAGCAAGCCUGUUGUAGCAGCUCUGCCAGCCACUAUGGGUCUUCCGCUGUCCUCCACUAUUACCAGUAUCGGAGGCUCGAAUGACCCUGUAAGUGUAACACCAUCUGUUAAAUCUCCCUAUCAGCCAGCUUCUGGUGAAUGUGUAUCUUUGUCACCUAACCACAGAGGCAGUGAGGCUCAUUUCUCUCCUGUUUCAGAGUCUCCACAGUCUAACCGUGAGACAGAAGCCUCCAAUAUACUGAAAACAGAGGGGAUUCACCGGCCCCAAAGCUGCGCCCUGAGACAGAAAGCCAACAACCUCACCGAGGCGAGCAGCACCACCGUCCCAUCUGGGACCACCACUCCUGAACCCAUCACCUCAGCAUCACCCGUGUCCAACUCUCCUCCCCUCUCAUUACACUCAGAGGAAACUAAAUUCCCGUCGUGUAGCCUCCUGGAUUCUAUGCAAACGUCUGAAACCUCAAAGCUUCAGCAGCUGGUGGAGAAUAUUGACAAAAAGAUCACUGACCCCAACCAGUGUGUCCUCUGUCACCGAGUCCUCAGCUGUCAGAGUGCGCUGAAGAUGCACUACCGCAUCCACACGGGCGAGAGGCCCUUCAAAUGCAAAGUGUGCGGCAGGGCGUUCACCACCAAAGGGAACCUGAAGACUCACAUUGGCGUCCACAGAGAAAAUCCUCCGGUUCAGGUGCAGCACUCGUGCCCCAUCUGCCAGAAGAAGUUCACCAACGCCGUCGUUCUGCAGCAGCAUAUCCGCAUGCACAUGGUCGGGCAGAUUUCAGACUCGCCCCUGAUGGACGGGCUGCACGAGGUGGACGGCGACGUGCCCGUCAGCGAGAACUUUGACAGUCUCAGCAGCAACGGAAACGACGACAUUUCAAUGGAGGACGACAAUGACGAAGAGGACGACGAUGUAGAAAACAUGAUGGAUAAAUCCAUCAGCUCGGACUGUAACUCCCCCCCUAAACCCUUCCCUGUUGUUUCAAGUAUUGCAGCUCUGGAGAACCAAAUGAGGAUGAUUGACUGCACUGUAAACCUAAGCCACACAUUUGGUGUAAAGCCUCUGACAAAUGGUUUUAAAGACAGCAGCCAGCUCAGUAUUGAAGGAGCUUUAUCAGAGAGGAGGAUGGAGAACUGCGGUGAAAACAGUCCACGCGUGUCCGAAGCCUCACAUUCACCCGGCGUGUCGGCGUCUCCCUUUCAAAGCAGCUCAGACGGCAUGACGAUCAAAUCACCGGCGGCGGACAACGGCAGGCCAAAGUCCCGGGAGCCUUUGGCAGCAACAGUGAAGAGAGAGCGAUCUGAGUCUCCUACCUCUGGAUCGGCGGGUGCCCAGGAGCUGAGAGGAGCGCCGCCCGGCAAGCUGUCUGUGAAGGAGGAGGCUCCUUACACCAUGUCGUUCCAGCUGAGCAGAGACAGAGGUCAAAGCCUGCUCACCAGCGCUGCAGCCGGUGUGAUAAAAGCAGAGGUGAAUGGUCACGGUCACUCGAACAGCCUGAUGGACGGGCCGCCGCCUCCCUUCGGCGUGCACGUCGCUCCGGGGUACCCGUCGGUCGGCAGCCCGGGCGUGACCUCGCUGCUCGGCCCUACGCCUCCUCGCCGAACACCGAAGCAGCACAACUGCAACGUGUGCGGGAAGAACUUCUCGUCGGCGAGCGCCCUGCAGAUCCACGAGCGAACGCACACCGGGGAGAAACCGUUCGUCUGCUCCAUCUGUGGCAGGGCCUUCACCACGAAAGGAAAUCUGAAGGUUCAUAUGGGAACUCACAUGUGGAACAACGCACCGGCGAGGCGCGGCCGGCGGCUGUCGGUGGAGAACCCCAUGGCCCUGCUGGGCGGAGAGGCCGUGAAGUUCGGGGAGAUGUUUCAGAAGGACCUGGCCGCCCGGGCGAUGAAUGUGGACCCUGGAUUUUGGAACCGCUACGCCACGGCCAUCACCAACAGCCUGGCCAUGAAGAACAACGAGAUCUCAGUGAUUCAGAACAGAGGCAUCUCUCAGCUUCACCCUCUGACUGCAGGCAUGGACAGAGUGAGCGCCGCAGGAGGCCCGAUGAGCGGCCUGACCAAGACCGGCAUGGACCUGGGAAAUAACAGACAUUUUUCUAUGCUGAUCGACGACAGCAAAGAAAUUGGAAUCAAUUGAAAUAAACUGAAUGUUGAUUAAAUUCUUAUGCAAAUUGUUAUGGACAUUAAAGUAUUUGUAAAACAUCUUGUUUCUUCUAAUGUAUUAUAUAUAGACUUCAAAAGGAACUUUUUAUCAAUUGACAGACAAUAGUAGGGUAUCAACAUUUUGCUAUUUUACUUUGCAGUCAUUUGUGAAUGUUUUUUUUUCUAUACACUGUUCAACUUGUACCUGAGAACUCGGUGCGUAGAAGGACGGUUGCUCUGAAGAAAGAAACAUUUGUUCAAAUCAAUAAUGCAAAGAGUCUGCUCUCUCCUCCGGACAGCUGCCCACUUGCUGCUAGCUGGUGCAAAGCACAAAAUAUGCUCAUGAAUACCCUCGUUUUUGAACUGCAAAGACCUGCUGUCAAUGUUGUGGUGAGAAAAGCUGUCAUCCUGAAACAACAGUUUGAAGCAAAUAAAAACCAGAACACCUGUAUGUUCAGCUCAAUACCUCACUCUGUCUGGCAUGUCUUGUUAUUUCGUACAAGAAUU